GAAAGUCAGACAUGAAAUGGUCUUUGUUCUGUAUGCGAUUUUUCUUUUUUCUGAUCAUUGCAUUGGAUAGCUACUGUGCAGGAAGUUAUGUUGCCUUGGUUCCAACGCAGAUAAAGGAACACGCAUCCACUUCCGUAGUCUUGGCCAAUGUUGGAUCCGGUGGCUAUUCACAAUUUGAGGUGAUCCUCCAUAAAUCAUCAUCAAAAGAAUUGAAAAGCGUUGUUACCGUUCAGGAUAAUGAAAUCACAACAAUUUCAUUUAGGACCGAAUCGCUCGACAGAAGCUCGUUUAAGAUUACCAUUCGUGAUAUUGAAAAAUCAAAUAAAACGCACAAUGCGUCCCUGAGGGUGAUUCGAAAAUCAACAAUGGUAUUGAUCCAGACUGACAAACCGAUCUAUAAACCGGGUGAUACGAUAAAAUUUAGAGUGCUAACUUUGGAUCAGGAGACAAAACCAGUGUCAAAUUUGAAAAGCAUCAAUAUUAAAAUUACUGACAGUAAACGUAAUCUAAUCAGAGAGUGGCCCUAUGCAAAAAUUCAGAAUGGAAUAUUUCAAUCGCAAUUGGAUCUAGUUAACUUCAUAGCCCUCGGAGAUUGGAAAAUCGCUGUUGCCGUUCGAAACGAAGAUGUCAAAUACAAGUCCAUUACGAUCGCCGAAUAUGUUCUGCCUAAAUUCGAGAUUCGUAUCAAAACUUCAAAACUUACGUCGUUCAAAGAUAAAUAUUUAACUUUAUCUAUCGAUGCCAGAUAUACAUUUGGAAAACCAAUUAAGGGUAUUCUGUAUUUGACAGUUGAAGGAUCUAAAAUUGAGAACAAGACAGAAAUAAAUGGCAGAUCACAAAUCAGUAUCGAUCUUCAAAGUGUAAUCGCGGAUCAGCUCGAUUCGGAUGUGGUAUGGCUGAGCGUGACAGCUAAUGUUGAAGAAGCUGGUUCCGGUCAUCUUUAUCAGUCGACGGAAACGAUUCCCGUUUAUAGAACACCCUACAAACUGACACUUCGACAAUCGUCAGAAUACUUGAUACCGGAGGCUCCUUUCCGAUGUUGGUUAAAACUAACCGACCCAUUGGGUGAACCGUUCGAACAACCGGACCCAAUUAAGAUAGAGGUGUUACAUGAAAUACGAUUUUGGUUUGACAAAACUCAAACGAUCGAGAAAAAACCCGACGAGAAUGGCAUUCUUGAGUUACAGUUCGACAUUUCUGCCAGCACAAGUAAAUUGAAUUUCGAGGCCACGUAUGCCGGAGAUACGAUGCAUUUCUCAGUACCAAAGGAAAAUGAUCAAACUAACAGCCGGCCAUUCCUGAAGGCAUCCGUACUGACAGCAUAUCCAAAAUUGAAUCAAUCGGUGGAGCUGCAAAUUUACAGUUCUUUCAAGAUCAAACUACUCUUCUAUUUUGUCGUCGCACGCGGUGAGAUUGUCUCAAGUGGAAAGCUUCAGGUCGAGGAACAACGGUUGAUGUCAUGUCAUCUAAUUACAAACUUCAAAAUGGUUCCUCGGGCCAAUUUGAUUGUUAUUGCUAUCAAUCAAAAGCGUCUCGUCAAAGAUGUGGUGCAGUUUAAAGUUCAAGAUUUGAGAAAUUUUGUUAACUUGACAGUAUCAAAUACUGAAAUUGAACCUCACAAGCAGCUGACAGUGACGGCACAGUCACAUCCUAAAUCAUUGAUAGGGUUUUUGGCCAUUGAUAAAGGUUUGCUUUCUCUAGGAACUGGAAAUGACCUCACCAAACAAGCGCUUUUGGAUGAAUUGGAUCCACAGAGUUUUGCAACGUCGUAUUCAAAUGAAAUUGAAAAAAUAGGUUUCAGUCUGAUAUCUGAUGCCUUGACGGACGAAGACAUAGCUGAAUCAACAUUGGCAACAUUGCGUUUUGGUGAUUUUGAAUCACACAGCAGUUCACUUCACAUACGACAAGAUUUUUCUGAAACCUGGCUCUGGAUGGACGUUGCAACCACAGAUGCCAACGGAAGCCUAAUGGUAAGUGGCAUCACUCCGGAUAGUAUAACAAAUUGGCAAAUUAGUGCCUUUUCGAUUAAUCCAGAUUACGGACUUGGUAUCAUCGACCGCCCUGUUUCACUGAACGUAUACAAAAACUUCUUCAUCACCGUAAAUCUUCCGUACUCCAUCACGAAAACGGAAACACUCGUGAUGGAAGUCUUCGUACAUAAUUACUUCAACCAAACAAUAGACAGUGAAGUUACCUUGUCAAAUGAACGGAAUGAGUUCCAACUGCUCAAAGAACCUAAUCAACCUAGCACAGGAUCCCCAAAACUAACGCAAAUGGUUUCCAUCCCCACCAAUGGCGUUCGAAAGGUAACAUUUCUGAUGAAACCAACGACAACUGGCGACUUACGAGUUUUCGUGACAGCAGAGGCUGGCUCAGCGAAGGACGCCGUUCAGCGAACUCUUCGAGUAACUCCCGGUGGUUUGCAGUACUACCGCAACGUGCCAAGGUUCAUCGAGGUGGAUAAUUCAACACAACGUUUCAACGACUUGAAAUUGAUAAUUCCUCGAGUGGCAACGCCGGGCUCCGAGAACAUCACCUUUUCCGUGGAAGGCAUCCUACUGGCAGCAGCUCUAACAAAUCUGGAUCAGUUGAUUCGACUGCCAACCGGUUGUGGUGAACAAAAUAUGCUCAAUUUGGUACCGAGUGUUAUAGCGUUAGAUUACAUGACCAACACGGGAACCAUCAACGAUGCUAUCAAGAAGAAAGCGAUUGAUUUCUUGCAGAAAGGCUAUCAGAAUCAGCUGAAUUACAAACUGCAGGACGGAUCGUUUAGUGUGUUCGGCAAGUCGGAUGGACGUGGAAGUGUAUUUUUGACGGCGUUUGUUGCGAAAACGCUUCGAAUAGCACAACAACAUAUUACGGUUGACAACGACGUCAUAAAUGGUGCAUACGAAUGGCUGAAGAAAAAUCAAGAAUCUGACGGAAAAUUUGUUGAGCGCGGUAAAGUUCACCAUCGUACUAUUCAAGGUGGCUUGAGUGGUAAUGUAGCGCUCACAGCUUACGCACUGAUUGCCUUCAUGGAACAUAAGAAUGUCGCUCAACGAUACAAAUCUGUUUGCGACAAAGGAGCGUCAUUUUUAAGCGACCAAGUCCCAAAGCUAGAUAAACCCUAUGAGCUAGCAUUAGUAUCGUAUGUUCUUCAGAUGGCUAUGCAUCCUCAGAAACAAAUCCCGUUGGAUAAACUUCUGGAGCAGUCUAGAACUGAUGCUGAUUUGACGGAACGUUGGUGGGAUAGCGGCGCAACUAGCAUCGAAACUGCGGCGUAUGCUUUAUUGACGUACAUGAAUGGCGGAAUGUACGUAGACGCCAAACCCAUCAUGGAGUGGCUAGUUUCCCAACGGUACGACAAAGGUGGCUAUGAUAAUACUCAAAAUACCUUUCUCGGGCUGCAAGCACUCUCCGAAUAUUCCAAGAAACUGUCUAGCUCUCGCAAUAGCUACGAAGUCUCAGUUUCCUACGACGGCGAUAAACGUCAUAGCGUCAAAGUAGACGCGACCACUUCUUUGUCCAGUCAACACCUAACUUUGCCUUCCAGUGUGCGAAAUGUCAAUGUGGAGAUCACUGGAACUGGCACCGGUGUUUUCCAGAUAGCAUAUCAGUAUAAUGCGGUUGCAGCAGACAGUGUUCCUCGCUUUGAAAUAAUUAAAACCGUACGGGGUGAUGGACGUUCGGAUCGUAUCGAACUGAAUGUAUGUUCCCGGUUUAUUCCAAAAAAUCAGUACGAAAUAACCAACAUGGUAUUGAUGGAGAUUAUGUUUCCCAGUGGAUAUGUUAUUGCCGAUGGAACUCUGACACGGCUGGCGAAUGUCAAAGAAGUGCGGAAGGUUGAAACCAAACGGGACGACACUGUGUUGGUGCUGUAUUUUGACUCACUACCAACGGAAAAAUCAAUCUGCGUUGACAUUUCUGGUUCGCGAAGGGCUAUUGUUAUUGGACAAAUAGCUGGAUGGAUUAAAGUAUACGAUUAUUACGAUCCUACUCGCGAGGCUGUCGAAUAUUUUACUCAAAAAUAUGUAAAUCCUGAAACGGAACUGUGAGUUUUGUAUUUAUAGGUAGCAAAACAGUGACUCUCAACCAGCACAACAAUGCUUUCCAAGGACUUAAAAAUAUUGUGAUUGUUUUUUUUCGGUGAUCCAAGUAGGCCGAGGUUGGCUGUCUUGUGGCUGUUCCAUAAACCCUCUUGUCGAAAAAAAGUUUUCCACAAAAUAUUACCUGAAAAGAAAAAUGUAUUCUAAAAAAAACUGCUCCUUUAAGGACAUGUUAAUUUCAACACAUUUGUUUUACUCUUCUGUAGCUCAACUUACAUAUUAGUUUUUAUCCGAUUUUUGCACUCAACGUUUUUUGCAUUUGCAAAUACUUAAAUGUGGGUUUUAAACUAAGUUGCACUUUUGUUACAUUUUGUACCGACUUGUAACAGCAACAAUUUAGACAUUUCCACUGUAUCAUCUGACAGAUCUGACAAAUUCUUCAUCUGACAGAACAAAUACUUGUCCAGACAACAAAAUCGUUCAAACGAAUUUUAGCACAUUUUGGGAAAUUCUUGAAGAAAAUGGUUGGGAACGGUUCGUGAAAAGAUUAACUGUUCGUAUAUACGGUAAGGGCUCCCUAUUUCAUUUCAUUUGUAAGUACGUUACGUUGAAAACCUGGUUUAGCCACUAAAAUCAAUUUUUUCAUAUUUUAGCUUAAUUCGCCUUGCUCCACAUUGGGAAUUGAUUCAAAUUCCUUGGAAAUUAAAAUAAAAUUUAAAAAAUCAGCAAAACACACUUCUGAUAUGUUCACUACUGUGAUCCUAAUUUCAUCUCUCAAAGUUUUAUAUUCAUCCUAUCGUUGGUCCUUUAUUCAUCCCAUAAAUUAGCAAUGGCGACAGCAAUAAAAACCAAAAUAUUGCACUAUUACACCCUCAGGUUCAAAAUGUCAGAGUUUUCCUUAAAAAGGGCCUAAUGCCAACUAUGGGAUAUACGAUAUUUUUAGAAACAGUUUGGAAUCAUUUCGACGUUUGAAAUUUUUUUGGAUCGUUUUCGUUACCUUUCGUUUUAAGUUGAAAAUGUUACUGUAACUGCACUGGAGAAUUUAAAAA